AAGCAUACCCUCAGGGAAGUCUGGGUACAGAAAACAUCUGAAAUGAAUAUGGAUAAACAGUAUUUUUGUCGCACUCAUUUGGGACAUCUUCUAAAUCCUGGAGACCUGGUGUUGGGGUUUGAUCUGGCCAACUGUAACUUAAAUGAUGAACAUGUCAACAAAAUGAAAUCAGAUAGAGUCCUCGAUGUGGUGUUAAUCAAGAAGAGCUAUGACCGUACCAAACGUCAGUGUCUUAGAAACUGGAAAUGGAAAGAGCUUGCAAGAGAUAGAGAAAACAUGGAUACAGAUGAUGAAAGGCAAUACCAAGGUUUCCUUGAAGAUCUUGAAGAAAAUGAUGCAAUUAGAAAAAAUGUGAAUAUUUAUAGAGAUUCAACCAUUCCUGUGGAAAGUGACACAGAUGAGGAACGAGCACCUCGAAUUAGUCUGGCUGAGAUGCUUGAAGACCUUCACAUUUCCCAAGAUGCUACUGGUGAAGAAGGUGAAUCAAUGAUGACCUAA